AUUCUCACCUCAAAUAAACCAAAAUGUCGAAACUCGUUGAAGACGUCAAGUCAGGCCUAAAAGGCAUCCGUGGAGCCGGCGACGCUCUACGAGGCGAAGUCCUCGACGCAACAGACCAAGCCUUCGACACCAACCCGCAACACCCCGAGACUCUCAAAGACCGCGUCGACAACAGAACCAUUGCUGAGAAGGGAAAGCAAGAGAUGCACGGCGCUGAUAACAUGAUUGCUCGUCGCGAAUGGGAGCACAAGGGCGUUGAGCCACCUGCGCAUGUUGGACGAAGGGAGAAUGAGAAGCCAUUGGCGACGCAGACAGAACCUCUUUCCAGAACGGCGGCGCAUGAUAGACCUAAUGAGGGGUUGAGUAGGGAGCCAGAGAUGGGGCAUUUCGGGAGUAGAGGAACGGAGGGCGGUGUCGUGAAGGACCCUGAUGCGAAUCUGCCUAGAUAUGCUUAAACCUGAAAUGUAAAGGCCGUCUGGGUAAGAUAUCAUGAUCUUUUACCGGCUCUAUCUACAGCACUGACUCUUGAUCCAGCAUUUCGCCACUACGCUCCUUGGUUAAUGAUACCCGUUCAGAGAGGCAUGAGGACUGUUAGUUCGUAAGGUAGCUCACAUCAUCUCACGAUACUGAGUUGAGUGGAACUCUUUUGACUGUGUUGAAUUGAUAUAUCUCAUUAAGAUAUCAUAAGCUUUAAGUAUCAAUGGAUCAGUCAUGGUUGGCUAAAGGAAUAAACACAAGGAUUUUGUAUCAGAU